GUUGAUAAAAGUUGUGUGAGGUUUUAGUGUAUGGAGUCGUAAAAAAUAAUUUUUUAACUAUAAAUUUGGUAUUAAAGAAAUAAUUACUAUGUCUGAAAAAGAUUACGCACCUUUAAGCACAGCUUGCGUUCGCGGGCUGUGUGACAAACUUUAUGAAAAGAGGAAGUUUGCUGGCGUUGAAAUAGAAAAAAUGGUAAAAGACUUCAAUGAUGCGAACAAUACUAAUCAGAUAAAGAAGCUGAUCCGGGUUUUAGGCCAAGAUUUGAUGUCAUCCACUAAUCCUAAUGUGAAAAAUGGGGCCUUGAUGGGCCUGUCCUCUGUUGCUGUUGGCUUAGGAAAGGGCUGCACAGUGUACCUCAGUGAGUUACUGCACCCAAUAGUGGCAUGCGUCAGCGAGGGCGAGUCUCGCGUGCGUUACCUGGCGGCCGAAGCGCUGUUUAACGUAUUGAAAAUAGCUAGGGGUGCUUCACUCUCACACUUUCCACUUGUGUUUGAUGCCCUAGCACGCCUUGCCUCAGACCCAGAGCCUCAAGUACGUCAGGGCGCCGAACUGCUGGAUCGCCUUGUAAAGGAUAUAGUGACGGAGAGUGGUGUAUUCGACGUGUCCGCGUUCGUGCCACUGUUACGUGAGCGUCUGUACGUUCGCGGUGCGUGCGCGCGGCAAUUCGCCGCAGCGUGGGUGUCGGCGCUGGACGCGCUGCCCGAGCUGCCGCUGCUGCCGCACCUGCGGGACCUGCUCGACCCCAUGCUGCACAUGCUGGACGAGCCGCACCCGGAGAUCCGCCGCAUGUGUGAAGUUCAACUUAACGAAUUUUUAAGAAGUAUUAAGAAGGACCCAUCGCAAGUUGAUUUUCAGUCAAUGAUUAACAUACUCAUUACACAUGCACAAUCUCCAGAAGAACUCGUGCAGUUGACAGCAAUAACGUGGAUCAAGGAGUUUGUGGAGCUGGCUGGACCCAGCAUGCUACCAUACGCUUCAGGCAUUUUAUGUGCAGUGUUGCCUUGUCUGGCCUAUUCUGAUGAGGCAAGAAAAAAUAUACGGGAAACCGCUGCAACCGUAAACUUUCAACUUACAAAGCUCGUAGCAUCAAGCUCGCCUGAGUCUACUCCUGCUCCAGAAGGUACGGAAGAAGAAGAAGCGAUUGCUGAUAAAACGUUAACAGAGAGUGACAUAAAUGAAGACGAACUAUCAAAUAAAGAAGGAAAGUUGAACUUGGACGCCGUGGUGAGAGUACUUACGCAAAUGCUGCACCAUAGUUCUGUGCAUACCAAAGUUGCUGUUUUGGACUGGAUUUUGCAUCUGUACAAUAAACUGCCUAAUGAGAUGUACGGGCACACGGAGGUCGUGUUCGCGCGCGUGGUGGCCGUGCUGGCCGACGCGGCCGGCGACGUGCUGCGGCGCGCGCUCGCCGUGCUGGCCGAGAUCUGCUCCUGCCCCGGUGACCUAGAGUCCAGUCCUUAUUAUUAUAAAUUCCUACAGGCGCUAUUAAAGUUGCUGGCAGCCGAUGAAAAUUUAUUAGAAGAUAGAGGAGCGUUUAUUAUAAGGCAACUAUGUGUGUUGUUAAACGCCGAAGACAUAUACAAGGCCCUAUCAAAGAUACUGCUUGAGGAGAAGAAUCUCCGGUUCGCCGCGGUCAUGGUGGAUGUGUUGAAUACAAUUCUGCUCACAGCUGCGGAACUCUACGAUUUGCGGUUGCAGCUACGUAAUAUGGAAAAGCCAGGCACGAUGUCGCUGUUCAGGUCGCUGUACCUGUGCUGGUGCCACAGCCCAGUGUCGCUGCUGGCGCUGUGCCUGCUCACACACCACUACGUGCACUGCAACCGACUCAUCGCCACUUUCGGUGACUUGGAGAUCACAGUGGAUUUCUUGACAGAAGUCGAUAAAUUAGUGCAGCUCAUCGAAUCACCAAUAUUUGCGUACCUGCGGCUGGAGCUGCUGGGCGGCGCGCAGAGCGAGGCGCUGCGCGGUGCGCUGUUCGGGCUGCUGAUGCUGCUGCCGCAGAGCGACGCCUUCCACGCGCUGCGGCACCGCCUACACGCAGCGCCGCACCACCCCUACCUGAAACGAGAGGAGAGUGUGGGCGUGCAGUGCAGCGAGUCGGAGCUGGAGACGCUGCUGGGCGAGUUCCGGCGCGUGCAGGCCGCGCACCGCCGCUACCGCCUGCUGCACCGCGCGCCCGCUGCGCCGCACGCCCCGCCCCACGCCCCGCCCCACGCCCCGCCACACGCCCCGCCACACGCCCCGCCGCACGCCGCCUCUUAGCGCGAUCCUCCCUAGACGAAUUUACACCUGGAUACAGCUUACACCGCACACCGACUCUUAGCGCGCUCCUUACUAGACCAAUCGACGGUCACAGCUUUAUUAUUUAUUAUACCACCAUAUUUCUUUUCAUCAAUCCCGUGUUGAAAUUCGAAUUUACGCCAAUGAGGUUUUAUAAUCUUACUCUCAGACAAAUCAAUGUUGGACGCAGCUGACUACACAGAUUUUAUUAGACUUCUUUCUUUUCAUCAGCCCCAAGUUGAUAUUUGAAUCUGUGCCACUACUUUUUCUAUCACCAGAGCGGCGCCACUUUGGAAUAAGUUUGAAAUUGACAGAUUUCAUGACGGGGAAAGUUAAUUUGUUAAAAAUAAGUGUAAAUAUUAAGUCUGAUUUGUGAAAUGUUACUAAUAUUCUCAUCAGAUAGUAAAAUAGAGAGGGACACUUUACGAUUUUGGUUUAUGAUUCGACAGAAUUUACCCCCCUAUUUAGGCUUGGGAGACUAAAAAUAAAGUUACAGUGGCUCCAAAUGUACAAUUUCUUAUUUGAGAUAACAUUUCCGUGUGUUCAAGCAUCAAUGCGUUCAUGUAGUCAAAUUAGAAAAAUAUGUAUAACAAAAAGUGAUUUAUUGAUUUAUAUUGUGUACAUAAAUUGAAAAAUCAACCAAAACUUUUACUUUUUUACGUUAUAUAUUAAGUAUAAUAAUAUUUACAAUAUAGUGGAGUUACCUAAAGUUAUUUAUUAAUAAAUUACAUGAGAUAUAACUUAUCGCUUUUGUAUACAAUUAUAAAAACAAGCAUAAAAUUAAUCUAGUAAAUUGAUUCAAAUUGUGUGAUUAAAAUUCCUUUAUUAUAACUUUUAUGUAUUUGAUCUGAAAAAUGUUAAUAACGAUAUUAAGCAUGGGCGUGACCAGGAACUUAGUAAAUUGUUACUUGUGAACUUUAUAUUAUAAUAUAAAGAUUGUCUCGCGCUAAACAGUACAUAAGCUAGAGAUAUUAAUUGUUCAAAUACAUUGUAAGUAUUUGUCAAAUAAUACAAAGAUCUUUGUAUAAAUAGUUUUUAGAUUUUAAUAUAACGCAAUAAAAUAAUGUCACAUUCC